GUUUCGAGGACGAAAGUUCGAUCGCUGAUUGGUCACCUCGCAGAUUUGCACAUGUAAUAGAUUUGCGCGAGCAGGCACUCGAUUACGCGAGGAAAAUUUGGGCAGAUUUCAUUUUGAUGGCGUUGCAAACAUUGUACAAUUUUUUAAUAUGGGAGUUUGAGAAUCCUGGUGCAGGCUCAACGAAUUUUGACUUUUAUCAUCAACUAUUGUAGGUGUAGCUGACAACACUCGAUCUUUUAUAAAACCUCAAAGGAAGAAAUCUAACAGUCAGAUCAGAUGCUGGAUGCUGACGUUUUUUUAACCAAUCCGAGUGCUAUUCGCAAUUUGAUCAAUAAGGGGCAUACCGUAGUGGCGCCUUUAUUAAGAUCGGAUGGCAUGUACAGUAAUUUUUGGGCCGGCAUGACAACGGAUUAUUACUAUUUACGAACGGAGCUCUACGAGCCAAUUCUGUUUCGCGAAAAAACUGGAUGCUAUAACGUGCCCAUGAUUCAUAGCGCCGUUCUCAUAGAUUUGAGAAAAUGCUAUUCCGAUCAUCUUACCUAUAAGGCUGAAAAGAUGAUCGAUUACGAUGGACCGGUGGAUGACAUCAUAUCUUUUGCUAUAGCAGCAAAUAAAUCAGAUGUGCCAUUUUUCGUUUGUAAUGACGAAGUCUAUGGUUUUCUUAUGGUUCCUUUGGAGAAUGAUGAAACUAUCGCGGAAGAUAUGCAACGAUUGACUAAUACCAAGGUGGAAAUAUUGGCAUCUAGCGACUAUUUGCCGUUGUCAGAUGACUUGAAAGAAUUUGUGGUGUAUCCGGAGCAAGACACUCUCGGUCUGGAUCGCAUCUACAUGAUAAAUCUGUUAAGGAGACCGGAGAGACGCAGAAGGAUGCAGAGGCUCUUCAAGGAACUCGGUAUAGAAGCAGAAAUUAUUGACGCCGUGGAUGGUAGGUAAGUUACAGACAAUAAUAAAUACAUAUUUUAUAUAAAUAAUAUAUUUCUUAUAAACAUAAAGAGAAAAUCGAGAUUUACAUAAACAUUACGGGUAACCCUAAGUAAAAUUCACUCUGUUUUUUAAGUUAUUUCGAGCAAUUUUCAUUUUAAGAAAAUUAAUUUUCUGAUUAUUAGUCUAAAUCUUAUAAGCUUUAUUUUUUUAUACUCAUACAUAUAUAUAUAUAUAUAUUAUAUAUGUAUAAAUAAAUUAAUGUUUUAAAAAAUAUAAGAAUAUAAACCUAAGAUACUUUUGAAAACUGAUAAAAAUAAGUUAUGGACAAUUUUGCGGACAAUAUAUUAUUUCACGUCAGUGAACCUAGCAUCUCCACUACUAAAAAAAGUUCGGAAAUACCGCAUAAUUUUCUGCUAAUUAUCUGCUAAUUUUUUGCCCUAGUCCCAAAUUUUUUUGUUCCUACCGUUCACAGGAAAUUAAGACCAAAAGUGUUAAGUUCACGUGACAGUAGCACCCCGCACUAAUAAAAAAAGCAUAAACAAAAAAACAUAUCAGAAUUUUCUUCUCAUUUUCUGCUUUAAGAAACCGUAAAGAGAUAUCAAAAAUAUUGAAUGGUUAUUAAAAUACCGCGAUAUUCAGAACCAUCGCACAGCAAUGGUAUAAGAGAAAAUGGUUAAAAAUAAGAGGCUAAUAAUGCCAUGACAACUUAUAAAGUACUUUCUCAAUCAAAUACUCGUAAAAUACACAAUUUUAAAGUGUUUAACUUGCACAAAGCCUUAAAAUUUACAAAAAUAUAACAAUAAAAUACCUUUAAAAAAUUAACUGCUGCGUUGACUAUGGUAUCAAAAUAAUCGUCUAUUUAUUAGCAUAAAAUAUCCAGGUCCCGAAUUUUUUGCUCAACAUUUAUUAUUUUAGGUAGUUUACUUUUUAAUGCGCGCAUUAACAAUUGAGUUGCAAAAGUUAAAUGUUGAGCAAAUAAUUCGGGACCUAGAUAUUUGGAGAACAGAUAAAUAGAUGAUAAUUUUAAUACCAUACUCGAUGCAGCAGUUUAUUUUCUUAAGGUAGUUUAUUUUUGCGUGCGCGCAUUAACAAUUGAGUUACACCAGUUAAAUCUUGAGUAAAAUAUUUGGGACCUGAAUAUCUUAUGAGUAGAUAGAUAGACGAUCAUUUUGAUAUCCUACUCGAUGUGGCAGUUUAUUUUUUUUAACGUAGUUUACUUUUGCAUGCGCGCAUUAACAAUUGAGUUGCGCUAGUUAAACAUUGAGCAAAAAAUUCAAGACCUGGAUAUCUUAAGAGCAGAUAAAUAGAUGAUUAUUUUGAUAUCAUAUUUGAUGCAGCAGUUAAUUUUUUAAGGGUACUUUACUGUUGUAUUUUUGUAAAUUUUAAGACUUUUAAAGGUGCAAGUUAAACCUUUUAAAAUUGUGUAUUUUACGAAUAUUUGAUUGAGGAAGUACUCUCUCUCUAUAAGUUGUCGUGGCAUUGUUAGCUUCUUAUUUUUAACCAUUUUCUCUUAUCAUUGCUAUACGAUGGUUCUGAGUACCGGUACUUUGAUAACCGUUCAAUAUUUUUGAUAUUUCUUUACGGUUUCGCUCCUGCGAAUAGGUAGGAGCAGAAAAUUCGGGACUAGAGUAGAAAAUUAGCAGAUAAUUAGCAGAAAAUUAUGUGGUAUUUCUGAACUUUUUUUUAGUGGUGGGGUGCUAGGUUCACUGACGUAUUUCUUUAUAUUUUUCUAUUUAAAGAUGUUUCUUUUCAAUAAAUUUUGAACUUGAAUGAAAUGUGGAUAUAACAGCGUAUUAAGAAAAAAAUACCACGAGAUUAAAUUAUCUGCUAUCAUAUCAUAAAACAUUUAUAAUAUAUUUGAUUAAAAUAGUAUCGACAUGCAUAUAAAAAUUUAUUUGACUUUGAACGUAUACGACUAACAUACCGACAAGAUUCACAAGAAGUGUUACUUCCAAGUCGUCUACAAAAUUUUAAUGAAGUAAUUUCGUGAAAUAUGUAGACGUUUACAUAAAUAUGAAAAAUGUGGCUACAAUAACAUACAGACUUGGAGAGCAACUACAUUACAAUCGCAUUAAAAUAGAG